AUGUCUUUGUUCAAGGACGUUGGAUCUCGUUCCAUUUUCAACAAGUUGACUAACUUAGGAACAGACAAAGUAUGGGUUGCGCUCUCUCAAAACGAGCACAACUUCACUCAGGCUAACUCAGCGCCUGCUACGAUCAAGAUUUACAACUAUUUCAGUGAGCUGUACAGUACCUUCUCCACUCAAAAGCUGGGCCAGUCCGAUCAGCCACCAACUGCCCCUUCGCUUGUGCUAUUCCUCGAGCAUUUUCUGACCAUCGUUAUGCAAAGUACUGGACCUCCUAAUCGACAGUUGUUGCUUCGUGGUCUACGUUGCAUCCUUCAAGCAGCAACUCAGCGCUUCACAGCAGAGCAGUUCACACUUGAGCCUCACGACUUCUCUAUGCUCAAAUCUUCCGUCGAUACAGCGGUCCAUGAGAAACGAAUGCGCAUUGGUCAAUCGCGAAAGCUCACACGCGUCAGCUUGUCCCACUCGACCGCAUGA